AUGUCGACGGUAGAAGGAGCCGGCCAGCGCGAGGAAGGGGAGUACGGAAGGGCGGCAAAGCGGCUGAAAACGGAGGAGAGGGAGGCGGAGGAGAGAGAGGAGGGCGAAGAGGAGCUGGAGGAGGGUGAGGAUUCGGACUCCGGCUCCCUGCCCGGUAACGGAGAGACAGCGGUGGACAGUCGGGCCCGGUGGAGCGCCAGCCAAUACGGAGCAGGACGGAGGGAUAAUGGCGAUGACUCCCAUCGGAUCUCUCCCAGCCCUGUGGUCCACGUCAGAGGUCUGUGUGAGGCAGUGGUGGAAGCAGACCUGAUAGAUGCCCUGGAGAAGUUUGGACCAAUAUGUUAUGUGAUGAUGAUGCCAUUCAAGCGUCAGGCACUUGUGGAGUUCUCUGCAGUGGAGAGUGCUGACCGCUGUGUUUCCUGUGGAGCCAAGGAGCCUGUAUACAUCGCAGGCCAACAGGCGUACUUUAAUUACUCCACAUCCAAGAGAAUCACCAGGCCGACCAACGCUGACAACCCCAACAGUGGCAACAAGGUCCUCCUGCUGUCCAUACAGAACCCCCUGUACCCCAUAACCACGGAUGUUCUGUACACAGUGUGUAAUCCCAUCGGCAGUGUGCUGAGGAUCGUCAUCUUUAAACGAAAUGGAAUUCAGGCCAUGGUGGAGUUUGAAUCCGUUCAGUGUGCUCAGAAGGCCAAAGCUGCUCUGAACGGAGCUGACAUCUACGCUGGUUGCUGUACACUCAAGAUUGAAUAUGCAAGACCAACACGUCUGAACGUGAUUAAGAAUGACAACGAGAGCUGGGACUACACAAAGCCAUACCUGGUCAGACGAGACCGUGGAAAGGGCAGGCAGAGACAGGCCAUUUUAGGAGAACACCCAUCAUCCUACAGUGAGAACGGCUAUGGUCAACCCUGCCCCCUGCUGCCUCUUCCGGGGAACAGCAGGUACAAGCUCGCCUCAGUGGACGUUCCAGACAUGGUGUCCUACCCUCUGCCCCAGUCCUCCUCCUCCUACUCUGCCCAUGCCCCCAGCUCUGUUGCCAUGGUGAGCGGUCUCCAUCCAUCCAAGAUGAACUGCACCCGCAUCUUCAACCUCUUCUGCCUGUAUGGCAACAUUGAGAAGGUAAAGUUUAUGAAGAGUGUUCCUGGUACUGCGUUGGUUGAGAUGGGAGAUGAGUAUGCUGUGGACAGAGCCAUCACACACCUCAACAGCAUCAAGGUGUUUGGCAAAAGACUCAAUGUCUGUGUGUCUAAGCAGCAUGCAGUGAUCCCCAGUCAGGUGUUUGAGUUAGAGGAUGGCAGCAGCAGCUAUAAGGACUUUGCCAUGACCAGGAACAACCGCUUCAGCAGCGCUGGACAGGCCUCCAAAAAUAUCAUCCAGCCUCCAUCUGCAGUGCUUCACUACUAUAACGUUCCUCCAUGCAUAUCACAGGACCACUUACUGAGGCUGUGCACGGAGCAUGACGUGCCUGGUUUCGUCAAAUUCAAGAUGUUUGAUGCCAAACCCUCCUCUAAGACCAUCUCUGGCUUGUUGGAGUUCGACAGUAAGACGGAGGCUGUGGAGGUUCUUACUGUUCUCAACCACUACCAGAUCAGGAUACCCAAUGGGUCCAACCCAUACACCCUGAAACUGUGUUUCUCCACCUCGUCUCAUCUAUAAAAAGCUGCAGAGCACAAGAAGAGGCUGCUGAACCUGAUGAUGGCUGACCUCUGACCUGGGAGAGGGAGAGGGACCACGAGAGGCGGACAAGUGGACGAGAGAUAAACAGAAAGAAAUGUGAGAGAAGAAAAGAAUGCGAGAGAGAUGGCUUUUAACGGAGAGAAGGAAGAAGAAAGAAACAUGUUAAGGAGAGAGAAGACACUGUCGCUGUCUCCAAACAUCAGAGGCACACCGGUCAUCCCACCAUCCAAUCAACUCAACAAGCUGACAGACAAGUGACAAGUCUGAAAUACUCCAAUAAUGUGCUAUUUUGUCAUGUGAGACUUCUGGAGGACACUGCUCCAGUGUUUGUCCCAGAACUCUUGAACUUGUCUUUGAUUGUGGGCCUAGACUGACAGGCUGACUGACUGACAGACAGACAGGCAGACAGACAGA